AUGCCCUUUGAUAAUAAGGUGGAGCUCACAGAAAAAGUGAGUGGCAUUGAUAGUAAUUUGAAACUUGAGAAAGUAAAUCAGAAAUUGGAGCUUGUUGGGAUAAUUUGCAACGAUUCUUGUAUUGCUGGACAGUAUAAUUGCUUGUUUUGUCCACAGGCCUUUGCAGUCAGCAACAACAAUGCAAAAGUUUUUUCAUCGAAACAAAUGACAGAGAAGAGCUUAGGAUUAGAACCACUGGGUGACAAGCUAAUUGCAUGUUUUGCUGAGUGGAUGAUAUCUAAGGGAACUCUCCAGAGAAAUUCUGUUAUGCAGUUAUCUGGUGAUCAGGAGAGGAUCACAGAGAAAUGGUUAUUUGGACUUGAUGAUAUAAAGGAAGCUGCUGAAAUCAUCAUUGUUGAAAGUGAAAUUGAUAAGCUUGCAAUGGAGGAAGCUGGCUUCCUAAAUUGUUAA